UGGUCACAUUAAAAACUAGCGACGCCAGACGUUGAAUUCAAUAUUUAAUAUUUUUUAGCUUUAAGUGAAUUGUUUACCCUUUAUUUAAACCAAGGGAUGACGGAGUACAAUGACGAGCCGUUGCUUUUUCACAAGGGCGAGAUAGUCCUUUGCUACGAGCCGGAUAAAUCAAAGGCCAGAGUUCUUUACACCAGCAAGGUUAUAAAUGUUUUCGAGCGCCGCAACGAACAUGGCAUGAGAUAUUACGACUACAAGAUCCACUUCCAGGGCUGGCGGCCUUCCUACGAUCGCUCAGUACGUGGCAGUGUCCUGCUGAAAGACACCGAGGAAAACCGGCAGCUGCAGCGCGAGUUGGCUGAGGCGGCACAGUUGCAGAUUAGGGGAGACUACUCGUACAAGGGAACGCCCGACAAGCCGCCGGCCAAGAAAAAACGCGGGCCAAAAGGAGCGCCAGUGGAAGAGCCUUUGGUGGAUCCUCUGGACACGGGAAACCUUACCGCAGAACCGGAAAUGCCGCUCUCUCAUCGCGCAACUGGCCACCGCGCACCUGCGCGGGAUAAUAAGAGGAAGGGGAAGGCCGCCGAGGGAAAAGGCACUCGGGGACGACCCUCAGAGGCUGCUCAGCACAACGAGAUUGUAGAUCCCGAGCGCUUUCUGCACCAGGAGGAACGCGUUAUAAUGCGGGUCAGCGAGAGACUCCGCGAGCUGAUCGAGUACGACCGGAAUAUGAUCAAGAAACUGGGCAACCAGCACGCCUUGCCCGCCCGCGUGCCUAUCGUGACCAUCAUGGAGAAUUUUAUCAAGCAGCGGGCCGUGGAGCUGGCCAUUGGCAUCAAGCAGGACAGUGCGAGGGCCAGAACCACCAAUAGUCGCAAUUUAAAGUUGAAGUGGGAGUACGAUCGCGUGAUGUCAAUCGUCUGCAUGCUCAAGGAGGUGGUGGAUGGCCUGCGCGUCUACUUCGAGUUUCACAUGGAAGACCACUUACUGUACAAAGAGGAGAAGGAGUACAUUCAAAACUACCUUACCGACGAAAACAUGAAGAACUGCAGCCUUAUCCUUAACAAGUCGUAUGAUUUCAUAAAUCCCAGUGGAGACACAGAUCUAGUAUCUUUGGACGGCACGCCCGUGGGCGGCGGAGGUGGCAAGUCCAACGGGCAGAUCGAAGGUGGCAUUCUCGGUAGCACGGAGUACGAAAAACAGCUGCAAAAAUGUCUUCUCUACAUUGUGACAUGCAGUGGAAAGAAUACAGCUCAGGCUUAUGAGCGUUCAUCGCCAUAUACGGCAGCCUACAAACUGCCGUUUGAGAUGCGUGAUUUCCUUCACGAAACAUUCAGCUGGCGGCUGCUAUCAGCCGAAUCCCCACCGGAGAGAUCCAUGAUUUUUGGCGCUCCUCAUCUGGCUAGAUUGAUGAUUAAAAUGCCCAUGUUUUUGAACGCCUCGCCAAUUAGCAAUAGGAAGCUGGAAGAUCUACUCCCCCACCUUGACUCUUUUACCAAUUACUUGGAAAACCACAGGGAGUGGUUCGACAAGGAUAACUAUGUUAAACCCACCGCUGCGCCACAGGAACAUCUGCAAAGGGAGCUCUUGAAUUCCCUGGAUGGCAUAGCUGCUUAGCUUUAGUUGAUCGUAGUUAUCUAGUUUAUUUAUUAUAAAGUUUAAAGCUUAUGUUUUUUAUUUUAAAGAUUUGUAAUUGUCGUUUUGGUUUCUUCAACUACACACUUUGUAAACAACGCGCUUCUAUAAAAAAGUCUCCUAACGUAUAAUCGAAUAAUGCCUACUAACUAUAUGUUAAAUAUGGAAAAUACGAGUUUAACAUUUUUUUUUUUUUUUUUUGCUUAUCCUAAGUUUUAGUUGAGUAGUACAUGCUAGUAUUUUUGUCUCUUUUUUUUUGUGCUCCAAUAAAUUUAAGAGUUUGAAA